CGGCAGAUACACAUUUAUUUUUUGAUGUGGUGAUGCGAGUUGCUUGCAUGUCUAACAAAGUAUGGUGAAAAUGAGGUGUAUGUAGGGAAGGGGGAAGAAGGGAGGGGGAUACUGACAUAUAAACACAACAAUUUGAAUAAAGUGUAAUAAAAAUCUAAUGCGAGUAAUGAUGCUAUGGAUGCCAAUUUAUACAAGAGUCAGAGGGGGAAUGCGGACUGUGAUAUUCAUCUUGAUCCAUAUCGUGAUUUUUAUCAAUGUAUCCCCCCUCCCCACAUGCAGAAAUCAACGAAUCAAGAGUUUUUAAUUUAAUAAAAGCAUGUCUAGGAUUAAAAAAACAAGUCCAUACCAUUUACUUUUUUAAUUCUGUCUUUGUUUAUCCAUCGCCUUUGUUGUAUUCUUCUUUAUUAAAUACUUGCUUUAUUUUUUUAAAACUUCAUUUGUUUGUAUAUAUGGCGCACCAACCAGCCGUAUGCAAAUUGACCUCAGGUUGGGCAGCGACUUUGCAUUUCUCUUUCCGGAAUGCUCUCGACUUGGCUCGUCCGAUAACCGCAGGACGCCCAUCGUUCAGGACGUACUCAACCAAACAGACGCGCCAACAAACCGCACACAGGGUCGGAGAAAAAAACACGCAUGAGUAUGAAAAUCCCGAUCCAGAGGCAUCUUGGGCCCGGCUGGCGCACACAUACGGGCGGCUGAGCACAGGCACACUUCAACAGCUGGCAGAACAAUCUAGAUCGAAAGCAUACAGGCAUGCUGAGCUGAGUAGGGCGAUCACACAGGCAGCCGGCGGGCGGUUUUUUGACUUACGGCGCGGGCGCAGUGACUGGGAGGCAUUGUCCGCCGAGUUCAAUUUAUCAAUGGCCGAGUGUCUGCAGCUCUUCGACGGUUCACAGUCACCAAUCGAGGCGCGCAAUAUGCCGUGCGCACACAAAUGGACAAACGAGGACCGCCGUGCGCUAUGCACUUUGGUCGGCGACACCUUCGGGCACAUGACGGCGGACAGCUGGCGGCUGGCGGACACAUACAUGAAUACGCAGCAGACCAUCUGCUUCACCGCACACGGGUUCUGGAAGAAACCGCAUUUGACAGCCGGCAUCUACGCGGAAUUCCGCAUGCUGCGCAGCUCAGGGCUGAAAUGGAAGGAGAUCCGCGAGCAGUACGCGGCGUACUACAGGAACGACACCAGCAUUGCCAGUGCCUUUUACCAGCACAAGUCAAAACACCCCAGCCUUGGAUCAUCCGCCGCUGCCGCUGCCGCCGCCAUGUCUGCGUGGCAGGCGGCCGACCGCGCGCGCAUUCGCGAGCUCAUCUGGCACCACCGCGACAGCAUCGACGCCGACUCCCUGACGCAAAUAGCCAGCGCUGAGUUCCCCGACAAACCGGCAGCAUCCACAGCUAAACUGUGCUGCAAUCUUUUGUCCGAGGCCAAAUGCAAGCCAUUGGGGCAGGACGCGCUGAGGCAGCUGCGGCUGCUCGUCCAUGGACACGGCGAGGAUUGGCCGCGGAUCGGCGCUGAAAUGCAGAUGCUUCCAGAGCGCGCGCAGAAUAAUUGGGUCAAGUAUGGGAAGGCAGACGAGUACGUGGGCGGGUGGUCUGGGGAUGAGCUGGAGAAGCUCCGAUACUGCAUUGCCCGCGACAUGGCACCCAGCGAGGCUGCUCGGUAUAUUGGAACCAAGCUGCCCAAGCAGUGCUGGUACAAGAUGCGCCGGAUCCAGCGCGCAGGGCAACGCUAGUAGAACCGAGCAAGUGCCUCUCUGCAAGGAAGACGCUGGCUGGGUGGGUGGGACCUUU